UUAAUAUCCAUUUUCAAUCAAAUUAAUUCUUCCAUUUAUGUGUUUUUCUGUCUAAACUUAAAUAGCACCAUCAGACUUUUUAGUUCUGCUAAAAGGCAACACACCCGUUACCAAAUUCAGCGAAAUUUGAUUGUUUUCAAGAACUGAAAGUCGCUUUCUUUCCCUGUGAAGUCUUUCAAUUUUUAGCGGCGGCGGCGCUGGGGAUGGGAGAUAUGGACUCCGGCGAUCGACUUCCGAGGAGACGAAAGAGUCUAAUGCGGCGGUGGUUAGGGAUGAAAGGGGUCAGUUGUUGCGGCGCCUCGUGGGGUCUCGCUCCGGCCGCUGUCAGCCUCAUAGUCGACGACGGAGGCGGCGGCGGAGGCGGCGAGGAAGUCCGGCGAGCGGAAAUUGCGGAAAUGGGUAUGCAAAAUCCGCCGGAGAACGAGUCAGAGCCGGAGUGCACGGCGGGAUCAGGGACGAAUCUUGCUGCUGCGCUGGAGGCUGAGCGGCAGUACAGGGCGGCCGUCGACGGCGGGCAAGUGGGGCCCAGCAACCGCGCGGCGGAUGACGGUGGCGAUGCAAUUAAACGGCCGGCCACCAGAAUGUCGUUGAUGAGGUUGUUGGAGGAAACGGACGGCGGCGAUGCAGGGGAGAUGCAGAUGGGGAGCGAUUCGGUGUGCUGCGUGUGCAUGGGAAGGAAGAAGGGCGCGGCGUUCAUCCCGUGUGGACACACUUUUUGCAGGGUGUGUUCGACUGAGUUGCGGUUGAACCGAGGUUGCUGUCCUCUCUGCAACACAUUGAUUCUUGAGAUUCUUCACAUUUACUAAGAAAAAAGUAUCAAAGACUGUCAGAUUGAUGCUGGAGAUUUGUGUUCUUGUUUGGGACGUUUUCGUUGGGCAAGUUGUAUGAGUGGCGUUGAUAUGGAAAUUAAUGGGAUUGACCUCUACCCUAAUUAUGGAGGACAAGUGUGAUAAUGGGGUGUUUGGCAAUGGCGGUUGAGUGUUGGCUAAUUGAUGACAUCGGAUUUUGUCGACUGUUUUGAUUGGCUGAUAAUGUUAGUUGUUUAAAAAUCAGUAUUUGGUUAAAUGAUUGUUGACAAUUGGCUGAUAGCUUGUUAAAUUACUUUUAAGGACAUCAAUUAAUUUGGUUUUUAUUAACUACUUUUAUACUACGUAUAUGUUCACACGUU